AUGUUGUGUGCAAUUUCUGGGGAAGAGCCUCAAGUGCCAGUGGUGUCGCGCAAGAGUGGAAACGUGUACGAAAAGCGCCUAGUGGAGGCAUACAUCAGUGAAAAUGGCACGGAACCAACAACGGGCGAGUCCAUUACUAUUGAAGACCUUGUCGACCUCAAAUCACCUCAUACUGUGCGCCCGAGACCUCCAACAUUGACCUCAAUACCUGCAUUACUCGGUGUCUUUCAAGAAGAAUGGGAUUCGUUAGCUUUGCAGACAUAUACACUCCAGCAGAACCUGCAUCAAACGCGACAGGAGCUCAGCACAGCUCUCUACCAGAACGAUGCAGCGCAGCGCGUGAUUGCCCGGCUGAUCAAAGAACGGGAUGAUGCACGGCAAGCCCUUGCGCGAGUGGACGUGGGCCAAGCGAGUACCAAUGGGGACGCCAUGCAGGUGGACAGCACACCUCUACCAACGGCCAUCAUUGAGACGAUUGAGACAACUCAACAAGCAUUGAUGAAGACCCGGCGAAAGAGACCUGUACCCGAAGACUGGGCUACUUCCGAAGCCAUCUCAUCUUAUGUACCCGCGGCCACCUCAGAGCCACUGUUUCCUGGAGGCAGCGUGCUUGCAAUCCACGAGGUCGGAGAGUUGGUGCUGGUUGGUGGCGGCGAAGGAGGAGCCGGAGUGUACUCUCUACCAAACAACAUACUGCAGUCAUCGCUAAAUGUAGGGCCCGGGGCGGUCACUGGUGGUGUGUGGGCUAGGUCCCAGGCAAUUGUAUCCACGUCUGCCGGGACAGUCAAGGUGUUCGAAGAAGGACAGGAAGCUGGAUCCUUCUCGGUGCACGCAGGGAGUGCCACUGCGGUCGCAUUGCAUCCGAGUGGGACUAUCCUUGCUUCAGUGGGUGAAGAUAAGACGUACAUCCUCUACGAUCUAGAAGCAGGCAAGGUUCUUACGCAGGUUUCAACCGAUUCAGCCUUGUAUUGUGCACAAUUCCACCCUGACGGGCAUCUCCUUGCUGUUGGAGGACAUGAUCAGCAGAUCAAGAUCUACGACACCAAGUCGGGGACACAAGCAGCAACUUUCACACUGGAAGGCCCUGUGGAGGCAAUUUUCUUUUCCGAAAAUGGAACAUGGCUGGCGGGUGUGGCACAAGGAUCAUCGUCGAUAUCGAUCUGGGACCUUCGGAAAACAACACAGAUCAAGACCAUUGAGACAGGUAGUCCGAUCAAAUCGAUCAACUGGGAUUACACCGGGCAAUUCCUCGCGGUUGCAGGAGUGGGUGGAGUGACGGUGGAACAGUAUUCCAAGUCUUCCAAAGAGUGGUCAUCCAUAUUGAAGAGUGAACAGUCAUGCAAUCGGAUUAUCUGGGGUAAAGCGGCGCACCGUCUGAUCACGCUUGAUGAUGCCGGGGUGGUGACUACAUACGCGGACGCCAGCUAG